GGCCGCUUACACAUCCACGGCAAGGCUAGAAGCUGGGAGCGACGCCUCCGAACCGCGGAGGAUUGUGGGAGGAGGCUGUCUCCAAUUUCCCUUGCCCCUCCCCCCUCCCGGCCAAGAUGUCUGACAUGGAGGAUGAUUUCAUGUGCGAUGAUGAGGAGGACUACGACCUGGAAUACUCUGAAGACAGUAACUCGGAGCCAAAUGUGGAUUUGGAAAAUCAGUACUAUAAUUCCAAAGCGUUAAAAGAAGAUGACCCAAAAGCAGCUUUAAGCAGCUUCCAAAAGGUUUUGGAACUAGAAGGUGAAAAAGGAGAAUGGGGAUUUAAAGCACUGAAACAAAUGAUUAAGAUUAAUUUCAAGUUGACAAACUUUCCAGAAAUGAUGAAUAGAUAUAAACAACUUUUGACCUAUAUUCGGAGUGCAGUCACAAGAAAUUAUUCUGAAAAAUCUAUUAAUUCUAUUCUUGAUUAUAUCUCCACUUCUAAACAGAAUUCUGAUUUUUUAUGUCAGAUGGAUUUGCUGCAGGAAUUCUACGAAACGACACUGGAAGCUCUGAAAGAUGCUAAGAAUGAUAGGCUGUGGUUUAAGACAAACACAAAGCUUGGAAAAUUAUAUUUAGAGCGAGAGGAAUAUGGAAAGCUUCAAAAAAUUUUACGCCAGUUGCAUCAGUCCUGCCAGACUGAUGAUGGAGAAGAUGACCUGAAAAAGGGUACACAGUUAUUAGAAAUAUAUGCCUUGGAAAUUCAAAUGUACACGGCACAGAAAAAUAACAAAAAACUGAAAGCUCUGUACGAACAGUCACUGCACAUCAAGUCUGCCAUCCCGCACCCGCUGAUCAUGGGCGUCAUCAGAGAAUGUGGUGGUAAGAUGCACUUGAGAGAAGGUGAAUUUGAAAAGGCACACACAGAUUUUUUUGAAGCCUUCAAGAAUUAUGAUGAAUCAGGAAGUCCAAGACGAACCACGUGUUUAAAGUACUUGGUCUUAGCAAACAUGCUAAUGAAAUCGGGGAUAAAUCCAUUUGACUCCCAGGAGGCUAAGCCGUACAAAAAUGAUCCAGAAAUUCUAGCAAUGACAAAUUUAGUAAGUGCCUAUCAGAAUAAUGACAUCACUGAGUUUGAAAAGAUCCUGAAAACAAAUCACAGCAACAUCAUGGAUGACCCUUUCAUAAGAGAGCACAUCGAAGAGCUUUUACGAAACAUCAGAACACAAGUGCUUAUCAAGUUAAUUAAGCCUUACACAAGAAUACAUAUUCCUUUUAUUUCUAAGGAGUUAAACAUAGACGUAGCUGAUGUGGAAAGUUUGCUGGUGCAAUGCAUAUUGGAUAACACUAUCCAUGGCCGAAUUGAUCAAGUCAAUCAGCUCCUUGAACUGGAUCAUCAGAAGAGAGGCGGUGCCCGUUAUACUGCACUAGAUAAAUGGACCAACCAACUAAAUUCUCUCAACCAGGCUGUAGUCAGCAAGCUGGCUUAACGGAAAGCAAGCUCGUACAGACCUCUUACGUGCAGAGUUGUAACCCUUAAAAGAACUGGGAAUGGCAAAACUACUGUCGGUUGAUGUGUCCUGAAAAUUAAUGGAGUAAUGGCAGAAGUGCUUUUUUGAUCAACUGGUUUAUGUUUUGCUGCUGCAUUUAUCCCAAGAAAAACAGCUUUAAUCUCCAGAAGAAAACCAAAAUACCAUGGGAUUUAUGCUGUAUUUGACAUCUUGCCCUAGACAUACAACAUCAUAGUAAUUUGUCGUGGGCAACAUGACCAGAGAGAAGAUUUUGUCAUGAUUUUAAAUACACUGACACGCUACUGUUGGUUAAAUUUAAACAUGUUUUACCUGCAGAAAUUCUCUCACAACCUGCAAUAACUUGAAAUGCAUACCCUUUUGAACACUUCCUUUUCUCAUGUCUGAAUGAAAAUGUUUGCUGCAUUUUGCAAAAUGUCAAUUCUCCAGAAUUGUGCCCGUGUAUUUCUGUACCUGCAGUGUAGUGAAGGUUUAGGUGAAACCCCGUAAUCUAGUGGCAUACUGUCACUGAGGUUCCAAGCAGCAAAAUAAACAGUGCAGCUCAGAAAUUGUAGUUUGGUUCUUGAUGUGUUUUUAUUAUAUUUGGGGUUGUUUUGUUUUUUAGUAUCUUAGAAAUUUCAAAUUAUUUUAUCUUCAGUUAAUAAUUAAAAAGCUUGGAAAUCUUGCCUGUUUUCAGGAUUUUUAAAGUAGUCUUUAUUGAUAAGGAGAACUACUUUCUAACAAUACACUUACAUUACAGUGAUGCUUUAAAAUAAUAAAUUUUUUUUAAAGAAUGGUAUUCCUUUUUAAAAGAAUAGUUUUAACUCUCAGAAUGUCACUUUACACAGAUAUGCCAGAAUUUAGACAGCUAAAUGAAUGUUAUCCUGCACAGCGACCCCGUCGGAAGGCUGUUUUCGAAUGCCAGCAGGCUGUCAUUGCCCAAAACCUGGGCUCGCUCUUUCAGAGUUGGGUCCAGUUAGUUUAAGAAUACACACUAGUAAAUUUUUGAUUAUACAUUGUUUUCUAAAAAACAACAUUGCCAAGUUUAUUUUUAGUUACCAGUAUUUGGCACCAGGUGACAGUUUCUGAAAGGUAAUUUUGAGGCCAUGCAGGAAGUGUGCACCUGGCUUUGAGGGAGUCCGCAAGGCAUUUUGUGCAGUGGUGGUGUGCUGAGAGCACCGCAGCCUUCCGAGGGGACUCCAGGGAGCUUGGUUCAUCCGAAUGUCCUGAAUUUCCGGUGUUUCAUGUUCAAGCAAGUUCUCGUUACUUUUCAGUGUCAAAAGCAGGAACUAAGGUCAGCAUAAUUUCUGUGGUUCUUUUCUGUUGCCUGUUCUGUACACCGUGAGUGGCAGUCCAGAAGGAAGACUGUACCUGCAGAGUGACAACAAGAAUUUUUGAUCAUUCAAUCAGAUUUUAUAAACAGUGAAGGAGCAUGGACUUCAAACGAGGCAUGCUUAUUCGGUUUUGUCAAAAUUUUACGAAAAUAUGUGAUAUAUAUUUAUACUAAAACUAUAUAAUCCUUAGAUUUAGGAAAGCAAUCAGUAAAUGUCUUUAGCAGAUUUAGCAGUAUAAAUACAGGUAUAAGUUGGAAAUUGUAGAAAACUGCAAGACAACGAAAGACAAAAUUGAUGUCUAUGAUAGGGAAUAAAAAGUUUAAGAUAUAAAAUUAUGUGUAUUUUCUUCUCUUUUACAUUUGUGAAAAGUGUGCUAAUAUUUUUUACAGGAAUGAUAUUAACUAGGAUUUAUUUUUCAAUAUGAUUUGGAGACCCUUUGUUACCCAAAUAAAAAUGACAAGUUUCUGUGCCUGUAUUUAAAUAUGUAUGCAUGUGAUAACCUUGCAAAGCUAAAGCCCUGUUUAACGUUGAAUUUCAUGCGAAGAUUUGGAUGAUGUGUCUAGCUCUUGCCCUCCAACUCUUAAAAUGCGGGACAGCCGCCAUGCCUCUGCUGGUUUACAAUAGUCCUGGACUAUAGAGAGAAAACGUAUGCCUGGGCCAAGUGUAACUGGUGUCUAAAAUUAUCUCUUCACCUCUAACUUACUGGAGUUGUUUAUGUAUUGCACAGGCUGUACUUAGUAUAAUCCCUAGGUUUUUUCUAAGCCCUUUGACACAUUUCUUCUGGGAUGUUUUUGUAUUUUAUUUUAACAUACCUUAAUAGGCUGACUUGCUGUUUCCUUUUCAACACUUCUGUGUUUUUGUGUAUCAGUUGUAGGGUUGGAAACUUAAUGCUUCUGAAAACAUAACUGAGCUUAAGGGAAACAGACAUUAAGUCAACGGUGGAAGGGGCCUGAUUCCUAGCUUUUCUCAAGUGGCCGAAUCUUUCCCACUCUGUGAAAACUGUGUAUGCAGUUGAUACCAUUUUGCACUGUUGACCUCAUUUUCUUUUGUCUCUAAACCAGGUUAAACUUACUCCAGAGUAACCCUCGGCAUAGAUGCUGUCUGCAAGUGUUGGAUUUAUGUCGCUCGCUUUUGCUCUUACAUUAAAGUUUUUGAUUGAAAA